AUGGCAUGUGUUGGCCUGCUUGGUGGCUGUUGUGGAGGUGGUGGAGGGGGAUGUGGAUGUGGAAGGAAAAAGAGAUCAGCUGACGUGGAGUGGCUUGGGCAAAGCGGUCAGAACGACGAUUUCCUCUGCAACUCGGCGCAUUUGCGAAAUCUCCCUCAACGAGACAAUCUCCUCUUCGCCAGAAAUCUCGAAAAUGGCGUUGAUGACCCGAUUGCACGC